GACGGUGGAGCAGGUAUUCUCACGCUCACAGGCUCUAUAGAAGUCUCUUCUGUGAAUCUCAGAUCCUGCCACGAGGACCGCCACGGACCGGAUAACUGUCACUGCACUCACUGAAGAUCGGUCACCAAUUCCCCCCCAAACCUUGAACAUCGAUCCUGACUGAAAGAACCAUCAUAGACCAAAGAAAAGCAUCCGACUCAGAGGACGCAUCUGGACCUUGAGAUCCGCCCCUAAAGAAGUGUCACCUUCUCAAACAGCCGAUUGUGCCAGAGUUCCGGAGAUCCUCGGCAGUCCCGGAGGUUCCGCACAGUGAGGAACACCAACACCCCGGACCGCCUGCAUUCAUUCUCUGGACCCUUUUCUAUUGUAUGGUUGGAAGCCACGCGCCGACCAGGAUGUCCCGGACCGACGAGGUGCACCGCAUCACGGAGAACGUGUACAAGUCCAUCAUGGAGCAGUUCAAUCCUUGCCUUCGUAAUUUCAUCGCAAUGGGGAAAAGCUAUGAGAAGGCGCUGACCAGUGUCACUCACGCUGCUAAGGGCUACUUCGACGCUCUGGUGCGGAUGGGCGAGAUGGCGAGCGAAAGUCGUGGCUCUAAGGAUGUGGGGGAGGUUCUGUUCCAGAUGGCUGAGGUCCAUCGUCAGAUUCAGAUCCAGCUGGAGGAGAUGCUAAGGUCGUUCCAUAAUGAGCUGCUGACAGAGCUGGAGAAGAAGGUGGAGCUGGACGCACGCUAUCUCAACGCUGCUCUUAAGAAGUACCAGAUGGAACACAAGAGUAAGCACGAGGGUUUGGAGAAAAGUCGCUCCGAUUUGAAGAAGCUGCGGAGGAAAAGUCAGGGAGGAAAACCGCCGGUGAAGUUCGGGGACAAAGAAAUGCAGUAUGUGGAGGCCAUCAGUAACCAGCAGGGAGAGCUAGACGACUACAUCGCUGAAGGAUAUAAGAACGCGCUGUCUGAGGAACGAAGACGGUUCUGCUUCCUGGUGGACCGUCAGUGUGCGGCUGCCCGGAGCUCCAGCCAGUACCAUGGCAAGAGCAAAGAACUUUUGGCCCAGAAGAUCCCAGUUUGGCAGCAGGCCUGCGCGGAGCAAAACAAGCUCGCAGACCGGGCAAUGUUCCUGGCCCCACAGAUGACGUCGGGAGCCGCUGGCCCUCAGCUCGGUGCCAAAGCACUACCUGGUGCCUCUGAAAUGACCGGUCUGAGGUCGAGUGGAGGUCUUGGUCAGCAGCAGCGGCUCAUGGCAGUUGCAGACGGCGGUAUGCCAGCGGUUAACGGAACAAUUCAUGGAGCGGAAGAUUAUCGCGAGUGGACUGAUGCCAAAGUCUCAUCGCAGAGCCAGAGACACGCCAGCGAAGUUUACUCCAACACACUUCCUGUCCGCAAGGUGGCACCAGCCAAGACCAAAGCCACACUGACUGAGACCAGGACCCUUCCCCGGUCCAGCUCCAUGGCUGCUGGAUUGGAGCGGAAUGGCCGCACCCGUGUCCAGGCCGUCUUCUCUCAUGCAGCUGGAGACAACAGCACGCUGCUUAGCUUUAAUGAGGGCGACAUCGUAGUGCUACUGGUGCCGGAGGCGAGGGAUGGUUGGCAUUACGGGGAAAGCGAGAAAACGCGGAUGCGCGGCUGGUUCCCCUUCUCCUACACCCGCGUCCUCACUGAUGUUCAGGAUGAGUCCAGCAAGCAGCUCAGAGUGCACAACCUUCAGCAUGGGAGAAGCAGCAGCACCGGCAACCUUCUGGACCGGGAAGAGCUUCCUGAUCCCGACUAUAACCUGCGUAUGACAGCGCCACACGCUGGUGGAAGACAGCAGCAGAGGCCGUACAGUGUCGCCGUGCCUGGUUUCUCCCAGCCGGGAAGCGACGAGUACGAAUCUCAUUUUCCAUCCAGUUCCCCAGAAGGAAAACUGAUUUCCACGGUGUGAAGAGACGCCAGCACUUCUGCGUCACUCACUGUUGGCACACCUGCUUCUUGAUCUGUGACAUCGCCGUCUGGAACGUCGUCCCUGCUGCAUGUUCGUCGCCACAUAUUUAAUCGGAAUAUAUUCAAUCUCAAUGGGAAUGUACAGUUGAUGACAUCAUUAUUACCCGUGAGGUCAGAGAUGACCGUUGUGUUUACUCUGUACAUAAAUGUGAUUGAUAUGUCGUCACAGUGACACGCUAGUGUGACCACAGCGCCUCUUGGAGGCUGGUCGAGGAACUUCCACUUGAGCCCAGCUGGAUUAUUCCGAGUAAUCCUGGUCUCCGAAUUAAGGAAACGGUCUCGUACCUGUGAUGGAUGAAUUAUAGGGUGCUUAAUGUUCUGCGUGACAGUUUUGCAGACACGGGCCAAGUGGAACUGGGACUCUGCGACUCUUCUCUUUGCACUUAAUUUAAAUUCUCCAGGUUUUGGAGGUGAAGUGUAAAUUAUGUGUCUAAUUCUGAUGCACAAAUAUGUCACAAUAUCUUUGACAAGUCUGAGUCACCGAUUAAAUAAAGCUGUCAAUCAUUUGUAUGUGACAACUUCAACUAGGCAUGGACUGAAGUCCCCAGUCACCUGAGCGAAGCAGUGUGACAUGUUUUUAUGUAUAGAAAGAGAGUUGAUGUUUGCCGAGUCACGGAGAUGCACAGAAACAACCGAACACUUCCUUGAUGUGAUGACACGAACAAUAAAAUGAAGAAUAACAAACCUGAUUCGGGAGUGAAACAAGUUUCGGCUGUGACUCUACUUCUCUUUAUGAUCGCUACCUUAACACGCAAAGUUCAUGAUCCGCCCCAGGGUAUGACCCCAUUUUCUACUUGCUCAAGUUCCUUUGUUCCACCUACACUGGUUUUCCUCUGACUUGUGAUCAUG